CUGCGUGUGUGUGUGUGUGUGUGUGUGUGUGUGUGUGUGUGUGUGUGUGUGUGUGCGCUUUAUACAUGUAUAUAAUCCCUGAGUUGACCCAGAAAACAAACUCCUCUGACUGCCGAGACGCCGCAGAGUUGAAAUCCACCGCAAGGGCUGCAUGUAGCCGGAGCAUCAGCGGGAGAAACAACCCCGGCACCGACCCAACUUCUCCACACGGAUUCUACAUUAAUACAUCGGAGUUACAGUGCAACCAUGGCUGAACACAUGAUGAUGCCCAUGACCCACAGCUUCAGGAUGGGCAUGAAUGGACCUCCGCAGCACAAUGGCCAGCCCGGCCUGCGCAGUUUGCCCAACGGUCAGGUGAUGCACUACGGCAGGAACCCUCAGAACAACAUGGAGGUUGCCAUGAGACAGAGGCCAGGCAUGGUGGGACCCGGAGGGAUGGGCGGGCCUGUGAACGGAGCUCCCAUGGUCAACCACCACCACCAGAUGAUGUCUGGGAACAUGAUGUACAAUGGCCAGGGCCCGCAGCAGCAGCAGCACCACCACAUGCACCCCCAGCAGCAGCAGCAGCAGCAGGGUGGACACCCGCAGCAGUACCUUCCUGGUAACCUCACUUCCCAGCAGCUCAUGGCCAGCAUGCACCUGCAGAAACUCAACACUCAGUAUCAUGGACACCCACACAGCUCGGCCAACGGACACCACCUGCCCAACGGUGCUCAGUACCGGGUGGGUCCGGCCCAGCUAUCAGGCAUGCAGCACAUUGGCGGCCCUUUGGGGCUAAACGGCAUGGACAUGGAUCUGAUCGACGAGGAAGUUCUGACUUCACUGGUGCUUGAGUUUGGGUUGGAUCGUGUUCAGGAGCUGCCCGAGCUCUUCCUGGGACAGAAUGAGUUUGACUUCAUAUCGGACUUUGUGUGCAAACAGCAGCCGAGCACGGUGAGCUGUUGAGCAAAGAGGCUGGAAGCUGGUUAGGUUUGUUUGGACUGGACACCCCAAAGAAUGACUGAGCGGCUACAGUAGCACUGCGAGAGGAGACAAUCUCUCUGUUCUGUUUGGGUGUAUCUAUCUGUGUCUGUGUAAAUGACAGUGUCUAGCACGCCUUCACACCGACCUGUCUGCGAGUUGAAGAAUUGUAAUGAGAGCAAAUACAGCAAAAACACCAGGUUUCUCUUCUUUGAGCUGGUUCCAGUGAGAUCUGUUGUAUUUGGUUCAAUUGAGGCAUCCUGAUGCAGUGGGCUCUGUCUGUACCCAUCUGGCCCUCAGCACUUGUGCCUGCACUGCCAAGGCUUUGGGAUAAUUGUAAACUUAACUAACACAAGGGGGGAAGACAACCUAGAAAGACUGUCCAUCUGGGUCUCCUAGAUUCUGUGGCAUCUCUAAAUGUAUUUUAUUUCCGAUGACACCCUCAACUAGUAGCAGAUGUUUUACAAAUUUAUAAGAGUUUGUCCUCUGAAUUUGCUUAUACAAGGAUGAAGGGAUUUAGAGUCAAGAAUGAUUUUUUUGUGUGUGUGCAUAUUGAAGGCUGGCUCUUCAAAAUCGAGUUCUUACAAAAAAAUUACACAUUUGCCUGAAGAGCAGGAGAAUGAGGUUGUGCAGCAUUCCUGAGUGACGUGGUGGGGUUUAUCUCGGAUUGGUUAGGUGAAAUGUGCUACAUCGAUUAUUUUAGCUUUCGGUGUCAUUUACCUGACAGAUAAAAUCUGCUAUCAUUAAAUGUAUCGCAUCUGUUCCUUGCUAUUUAACUGUGAUUGGAUCAUUGGUAAAGUAGCUUGUUGGCUUAAAAAAAGCUUUUAUUUGUUAAAAAAAAGGGCUCAGACAUUUAGGGGCUCAUUGCAAGCAAAUCUUGGGUUAUGAAUUAGUAGAGCUGCAAAAAGUGUUAGGAAUGGAGAAAACUUAAUAGAAUAUGAGAAACAACAUAACUGUGGCCUGUUGCAAGAUUCAAGAGAAGCCAGACAAAAAAAGUUGCUUUCAGAAGCUGUUGGUCAAAGGUCUGAGGAGAUAUUUUUUUCUAAAAUGGAAUUGGCUUAAAAAAGACAGAAGAAAGAAAGAGGUGCGUGAUUGCAGAAUUUGCAUUUGUGUGUUAUUUGUGUGCGUCUGUGUGUGUUCAGUGCAGUGAGGCAUUUAAAGCCCAUCGAAUGGCGUCCUCCGCCCUAAACCAUUGCCCGGCGCGCUGAAGCUUAUUGGAGGCUGCGGGGGGAGAGAGGGGAGGGAGAUUUCAGUGUGUGGACACAAUGUGUGGACACAGCACUCCCCAGCAGCACUUAGUUUAAUCAUUAUUUAGAGCUGCCGCUACCUGUGGCAUUGAUUUCAUUAGGCAGGAAGAGCGGGCGAGGAGCACAAAGUGUGCAAAGUUGUUGUUUUUGCCAUAGAUUAGCUUACUUUGCUGCUUUUCUACUGAUUAGAUUUAAAUUACAUGUUCUCACACGCUUGUCUUAAUUGAGGUCGACUUGCACAUUCUCCAGUGACUCAGUAAUUAUAAAACGGACAUGUUUUGUGGCGUUUUAUUUCUGUUUUUUUUUUUUUUUUUUGCGCAAUUGGUAAUUAGGUUUUUGUCAAGGUUACUGCUUUGCCAUUGCAGGCCAGUCGAGGGAGAACUUUCUGCACUCAUAAUGCUAUUUGUGGAGCUGUCAGAGGGGUCAGGGCUGCGAUGGUGCACUGUGUUAAUCUGUUCCAAUACAACUGUGCUGCUGUCCCUGUCUCUCUCGAGAUCUGCCCUCUCCUAGGUCUCGACUUAAACAAUAGGCAUCGAAACACUGUUAUAAAGGUAGAAAAGUGCCAGCGAGUUCCCGCUCUGUUUUACUUUCUGCCUGGCAAACUGCAGCCAGAUAAGCUCACAACCUCACAGUUAAAAUGGAAAUACUUCUGGCCUUAGCGAGACAGUGGCCUCUGAUUACUGCUAUAUCAAUAAGCGCAGCCUUCUUGUGUAUUGUAUCUUUGUACUGUAGACUAGAGGUAAAGUUGAUCUAGACACAUUUAAGAUACUUUCAGAAAAAUACAAAAA